CGUAAAUUGUAAGCGACGUAUUAUAGGCGCCACACAUUUUUCUUUCUCUUGGGAAAUAUUUCUAUUAGGCUGCUUUCAGUCAUCACUGAUCGCUGGAUUAGAAAGUAAAGUAUGUGUCCGUAACUGACGAGGAGGAAACGAGAGGUUGAUACUCAAGAUCAGGAUGUCGAAGAAGUUUUCACGAGGAGUGAAAUCCAUAGGUUCGUUUUGUGUAGGUCUGUUGACCAACGCAUCAACAAGACGAGAGAAGAAUGGCGGAGAGCCGGGUGGCACAAGAGUGGGAGAUGGCACCUGUCGUCUGCCUUUUAAACCAAACAGAACUUGCUUGUCCGCUGCGGUCUAUCUACUCAUUGGUGCUAGUGUCGUGUCUACUCUCGCCCUGUGGCAAUUUUUGAAUUAUAACAGCUUAACAGGGCCUUCUGUGUCUCAAGCAAGGUCUCGGACGUUGAAAGAUAAACAUAGUACUUCCGGGGAUCUUCGGGAUUUGUUCGACUUAUCCAAUGUUAACGAUGAGCUAAAGAACCUUUUCAUGGUUGAGCCUGCUAUCGAACAAUCCGGAAUUAGAGCGCAGAUGCUGGAGCAAGAAAAGGUCGUCGCAAAUUACGAGAGAGAAGAGAAAGAAAGAGAAAAGGAAAUCGGAGCUUCACUACAAGCAGGUCACGGUCCUUUCUCAUGUACCGCAAAACCGAUAUGUCCUGAAAUCGAUAUACCAGGACUAGUUGGCAAGAGGAAACUGGAUUUGAAUGACAUUUCCAUGGUCCAUGCAGAGGAAAUCAUUUUUGGACCCUUGGCGGAAAAUGUUCGGACCGCUGUGAAACGAGCCAAUGAGAUUCUUUAUAAGAAACUCGUUGAUCCCAUGACUGGAAACAUCACCCACGUUGAUUGGCUCUUCGAUCAAGUCAUUGAACCGGAAGCAAUGAAUAUAAGCAAUUAUUGGUAUCUUCCGGGUGGACAUUUUAAACCAGUAAAUUGUUUACCGAGAUGGAAGGUUGCUGUUUUGAUACCAUUUCGAGAUCGAUUUCAUCAUCUUCCAAUCCUUCUGCGAUACAUGAUACCGAUGCUUCAGAGGCAGCUACUCGAUUUCAGCUUCUUUAUUAUUGAGCAGGCCAAUCAAGAACUCUUCAACCGCGCGAUGCUCAUGAACAUCGGCUUCCUCGAAUCGCUCAACUUCACCGACUACGAUUGUUUCGUCAUCCAUGACGUCGACCAUGUACCCAUCGAUGACCGUAAUUAUUACGGAUGUUCCAGUAUGCCCAGACAUUUUGUCUCCGGUGCUGAUAGGUGGAAUUACAAAUUACCGUAUGACAACUUCUUCGGUGCCGUCACUGGUCUUACUAAAGGCAACAUCCGAAGCAUCAACGGCUUCCCAAAUGUUUACUGGGGGUGGGGUGGUGAGGAUGAUGAAAUAUGGAAGAGGGUGAAAGACGUUGGCCUCGAGAUCACCCGCCAUAAAGGACCCAUCGCCCAUUAUGACGUCAUCAGACAUCAUCACAAAAGCGCACCCCUGGCAAAAGACAGAUACAACUUGCUGAAAAAUUUCAAUGGGCGGUACAAAAUGGAUGGGUUGUCGGACAUCGUUUAUCCGACCCCCGUGUACGACCUCCAUACUCUCUACACCAACGUCAGCGUCGACAUCAAGAGGAUCAAACCGCAUUAUCCAAUGCCAGCGCCAAAGGCUGGUAAUCAAGCUGAUCUAGCCAAAAAGAUUGCUGGACUGGCGAUGAAAGGCAAGGUGGCCGCAAAAAAAGCGGGGCCGGGAGUCCGCAAGCCCGUUAGGACUCCAGCAGAAGCGAAAAAGGAUCCUCCGUCUAAUGUGGAGACGGGCAAGGACUCCAAGGAGGGAAAGAAGGAUGAAGGGAAGGAUGAACAGGCACAUGGAGAUGAGAAACCAGAAGGAGAGAAAGAAGUUGGUGAAGGAGAAAAGAAGGGAGGGGAUGAAGGAGAAAAGAAGGAAGGGGGUGAAGGAGAAAAGACGGGCGGAGAUGAAAGAGAAAAUACGGGAGGAAAUGAAAGAGAAAAGACAGGAAAUAAAGAGGAAAAAAGAGAGUGAUGAGCAUUGAUCAGUUUUGAACGGCCAAUGGGAGUGGUUUGCCACUAAACGUUAUACUACAUCGAACAUCCAUGCACUCACUUGCCAUCCGUGAUAUCAACGAUGGUCUGAUUUCCUCAUAUUGUAUCAAAUGGUUGAUAUUAACAGGAGAUGAUUCAACUUAAGUUUACACUUAAAGUAUUAUCGUAUAACGAUGACGACUUUGGGGUUUGUAGUACCUUUUCCAUGGAUACACUUUUUUGUAGUUACGAUGAUAUUAAACUCCUUGAAAAAUAUUUCCCAAUCGUUAAUGAUAUAUUUUUAAAUGGUAAUUUUUCUUUGUACCGCAACGCUGAUACAUGUAUAACUCUUAUUAUCGUUAUAGAAACUGAACCUUUACUACGUGUGAAUUAAUUUUCUUCAAAGUAACUUUCAGAUAUAUCUUUUCUUAAAUUCUGGAGAAAAAAACCCCUCUACCUCUGGAUAAAAUGUAUGAAUAUUAGAGAGCACCUUGUACGUCUCACUUUAUUGAUAUAUCUAAAUCGUAUACAUAGAUCAUACGCUCAAUAUACAAAUUGUUAUUUUAACCUUAUAUUCAGAGGGUGCUAUGAAAUGUUACAGUAAUAAUUAGGUCGCAUCCAGAGCAAUCAUUUAUUGU